AUGCGAUUUGAAGGCGCGGACGAGGGUCCAACGACCACGGUCAAGCGAGCUCUUGCUGCCAAUCUUGCCUUGAGUAACUCUAGUCAAACUGAUGUGUGGGCGCCCACACCACGACAAUCGCCCCUGUCACGCUCUUCAAAAGAAUCUCUGCGACAGCCAAGUGAAAGCUGUCAUGGCAAUCCAGUCGUGGGCACGGCAAUCGUGGUAGUGACCGUGAUGGUUGUGAAAUCCAAUCGAAUAUUGUAA